UGUAUUGUAGCUUACACAUCUGAAUUUACAGAAACAUAAUCAAGGAGUUUCCUGACAGGAAUUCAAUUUACUGGAAGGGUAUCUUUGAUUAUGUUUAGUGCGUCACUGAAUUACAAAUGGAAUGUCCUAUAACGAGAAGAACAUCAGCAAUGGCCUCUGUAAAGAAGAUCAAAAUGCGUUGCCUUUUUGUGCUGUGUGUGGUUGGUCUUGCAAUGAACGUGUCUGCCAAGGCCACCGGUGACGCCACAAAGUCAUCCGCCGGAGAUGUGCCUGCAGUUGAGGCUCCCGCAGUGGAUACUGGGAAGGGGACCGCGGCUCCCACAGACGCAGCCGAGGCAAAAUCAGCCAAUGGCAACGCUUACGCAUACGGAAAGAACAAGAAGCCGGAAUGCAAGGGACUCUGCCCCGAAUCGACCCUUCAGAUCUGUGUCAACGUAGACGCUGCCGACACCGAAAGGGUCAGCGCCCUGAUGAGUCUGAUGAACGGAGACGCCGCAGUUGAGGCUGCAAUCGCUGUUGCUGCCGCAGAUGAGACGAAGUCUGACAAAUCUGCUUCCGGUUCCGGCAAAUCCGCAAGCGAGGAGAGCGGCUCGAAAUCGGCCUAGAGCGACAACAACUGAGGCACUCGAUUCGGAUGGACAACAUUUCGGAAUUUUUUUAUUUUAUGUUUAUUUUUAUAUUGAAUUUAAUUUUAAUCGCGCACAUUAUAGUCAAACCUAUAUGAUCUUUUUAUUGCACGUGUGAAUAAAGAAUGAAGCAGCA